GUGUGGGCUGAGGCAUUGUGGGAUCGCUACGGCUCUGCAAAUGGUGAAGACCGGAGCGCCGAGCCCCCAGGUUGAAAUUGACUAUAACUAUAUCGCGCUACCUGGAGAGGCGAAAGGGGAAGACUGUUGGCUACAAUGAUAAACGUCUGUACUGGUAUAGGGGACAUUUGUUAAGAUGUCAUAUGGAGGUGUCACCGCUGUAAUUCUGCUGACAGACAGAAAAUGCCAAAUUAAAAAGUGGAGCUCUCAAUGGACGCUUCUGUAGCGGCUGGCUAACUAGCUAACUAUACUGCCUUUUUAUUUUUUCACAUAAGGUAAAUGGACUGGUGAAAAAGUAGGCCGAAUCUCCUUUCGCUUUCAUUUUAUAUCUGUCAUUGGGAGAUAUUUUAAGAGUGAAAAUGACGACCAGUAGUCCCGAAGCGGUGAAGAAAUUACUUGAGAAUAUGCAGACGGAUUUGCGGUCGCUGUCAAUGGAAUGCAAGAAGAAAUUCCCACCAGUCAAAGAGGCGGCAGAAUCGGGGAUCGUGAAGGUCAAAACCAUCGCUGCGAGGAACACGGACAUCCUGGCAGCGCUGAAGGAGCACAGCUCGGAGGUGGUGCAGCCCUUCCUCAUGGGCUGCGGGACCAAGGAGCCCAAGAUCACCCAGCUGUGCCUGGCGGCCAUCCAGAGACUCAUGUCCCACCAGGUGGUGUCUGAGGCCGCUGCAGGCAGUAUUAUUACCAUGCUGUGGCAGCUGAUGGAGAAUGGGGUGGAGGAGCUGAAGCUGUUACAGACGGUCCUGGUGCUGCUCACCACCAACACUGUGGUUCAUGACCAGGUGCUAUCUAAGGCCAUCGUCCUCUGCUUCCGCCUGCACUUCACCAAGGACAACAUCACCAACAACACCGCCGCCGCCACCGUGCGACAGGUCGUCACCGUGGUCUUCGAGAGGAUGGUCGCCGAGGACGAGCGACACAAAGGUAUUGUGGAGCAGCUACCUUCGGUCCAGGGCAACAGCAACCGCAGGUCCGUCAGCACCCUGAGGCCCAGCGCCAAGGACGCAUACAUGCUGUUCCAGGACUUGUGCCAACUGGUCAACGCCGACGCCCCCUACUGGCUGGUGGCCAUGACGGAGAUGACACGCACAUUCGGGCUGGAGCUCCUGGAGUCGGUUUUGAACGACUUCCCUGGAGUGUUCCUGCAGCACCAGGAGUUCAGCUUCCUGCUGAAGGAGCGCGUGUGCCCGCUGGUCAUCAAGCUCUUCUCCCCCAACAUCAAGUUCCGGCAGGGCCUGGCCGCCGCCCCCUGCCCCGCCCCCGUGGAGAAGCCCUACUUCCCCAUCUGCAUGCGGCUGCUCAGGGUGGUGUCCGUGCUCAUCAAGCACUUCUACAGCCUGCUGGUGACCGAGUGCGAGAUCUUCCUGUCCCUGCUGGUGAAGUUCCUGGACGGGGAGAAGCCGCAGUGGCUGCGGGCGGUGGCGGUGGAGUCUAUCCACCGGCUGUGCGUGCAGCCCCACCUGCUACGGUCCUUCUGUCAGUCCUACGACAUGAAGCCUCACUCCACCAAAGUGUUCAGGGACAUCGUCAACGCCCUGGGCUCCUUCAUCCAGUCCCUCUUCAUCGCGCCCAGCGCGGGCAACUCGGCCGUCGCCAACAUGGCCGCCGGCGGGUCCGGGUCCGGCGGCCCGGCGGCGGCUCAGGGCGGCCCGGGAGCGGCGGGGGCGAGCGGGGGGCCGACCACGCAGGCCGCCUUCGAGUACCGGGGCAUCUGGAUCCCCCUGAUGACGGUCAGCGUGCAGGGCAGCGCUAAGGCCACCUACCUGGAGAUGCUGGAUAAGGUGGAGCCCCCGUCCAUCCCCGAGGGCUAUGCCAUGUCGGUGGCCUACAGCGCCCUGCUGGACCUUGUGCGGGGCAUCACUGCUCUCAUGGAGAAGGAGCUGGCCCAGGAGAAGGGCCCCUCGGACCCGGGCCCCGGCCAGGGUCCGGCGGACCACAGUCAGGAGCCAGGUCCCCAGCAGGUUUGGGAGGAGAUGGUCAGCGCCUGCUGGUGCGGACUCCUGGCCGCCCUCUCCCUUCUGCUGGACGCCAGCACGGACGAGGCGGCCACGGAGAACAUCCUGAAGGCGGAGCUGACCAUGGCGUCUGUGUGCGGGCGGCUGGGCCUGGUCACGCCCCGCGACGCCUUCAUCACCGCCAUCUGCAAGGCCUCGCUGCCGCCGCACUACGCCCUGACCGUGCUCAGCGGCUGCACGGCUAACCUCUCCAGCAAGCCGUACUCCAUCCAGGGCCAGUGUGUGCAGAUCCUCAGCCCGUCCAGCGACUCCCACCAGCAGGUGGUGGCGGUGGGGCAGCCGCUAACCACCCAGCCCCAGGGCACCGUGGUGCUCACGGCGAAGAACAUCCAGUGCAUGUGUACCCUGCUGAGCCUGGCCCACUGUCACGGCGCGGUGCUGGGCACGUCCUGGCAGCUGGUGCUGGCCACUCUGCAGCACCUGGUGUGGAUCCUAGGCCUGAAGCCUGGGAGCGGUGGCGCUCUGAAGCCUGGGCGAGCGGUGGAGGGCCCCAGCACGGUGCUGACCACGGCGGUGAUGACCGACCUGCCGGUCAUCUCCAACAUUCUCUCCCGGCUGUUUGAGAGCUCCCAGUACCUGGAUGACGUGUCCCUGCAUCACCUGAUCAACGCUCUCUGCUCGCUCUCAGUGGAAGCCAUGGAUAUGGCCUACGGGAACAAUAAGGAGCCGUCUCUGUUUGCGGUCGCCAAGCUUCUGGAGACCGGCCUGGUCAACAUGGACCGCAUCGAGAUCCUGUGGAGGCCUCUGACGGGUCACCUGCUGGAGAAGGUCUGCCAGCACCCCAACGCCCGGAUGAGGGAGUGGGGGGCGGAGGCGGUGACCACGCUGAUCAAAGCAGGCCUGGCGUUUAAACACGACCCCCCGCUGUCCCACAACCCGAGGCUGCAGCUGCUGCUGCUCAACCCGCUGAAGGAGCUCUCCAACAUCCUCCACCCGGACAUCCGGCACAAGCAGCUGGAGAGCGUGCUGCAGAUCCUGCAGAGCCAGGGGGACCGCCUGGGCCCCGGGUGGCCCCUCGUCCUGGGGGUCAUCGGGGCCAUCCGCAACGACCAGGGGGAGUCCUUGAUCCGAAUGGCCUUCCAGUGCCUGCAGCUGGUGGUGACGGACUUCCUUCCCACAAUGCCCUGCACGUGCCUGCAGAUCGUGGUGGAUGUCGCCGGCAGCUUCGGGCUCCAGAACCAAGAGCUCAACAUCAGUCUGACUUCCAUAGGCCUUCUGUGGAACAUCUCGGACUACUUCUACCAGAGGGGAGAUACCAUCGAGCAGGAGCUGAACAGGGAGGAGGCGGCUCUGGAGAAGCAGGCCAGGGAGAAGGGCGUGGCCCUGAACCGGCCCUUCCACCCGGCCCCGCCCUUCGACUGCCUGUGGCUGUGCCUGUACGCCGGGCUGGGGGAGAUGUGCGUGGACCCCCGCCCCGCCGUCCGCAAGAGCGCGGGGCAGACCCUCUUCUCCACCGUCAGUGCCCACGGCACCCUGCUGCAGCCCGCCACCUGGCACACCGUGGUCUGGAAGGUGCUCUUCCACCUGCUGGACUGCGUGAGGAAGUCCUCCAGCACGGCGGACAAGGAGAAGAUCGAGUCCGGGGGCGGGAACAUCCUCAUCCACCACUCCCGCGACACGGCGGAGAAGCAGUGGGCGGAGACCUGGGUGCUGACGCUGGCGGGCGUGGCCCGGAUCUUCAACACCAGGAGAUACCUGCUGCAGUCUCUCGGGGAUUUCUUCAAAGCGUGGGAGGUCCUCCUGGACCACAUCCAGUCGGCCGCCCUCAGCAAGAACAACGAGGUCUCCCUGGCGGCCCUCAAGAGCUUCCAGGAGAUCCUGCAGAUCGCCACGCCCGCCCGCGACGCCGAGCGUUCCCCCGACGCCCUCGCCGCCAUGGGCGUCCCCGCGGUGGCCGACCCGGCGCAGGCCUGCGGGCCCGGCAGGCCCCCGCCCCCCGAUUCGCCGGCAGAGGGGCCGGGCCGGUACGAGGGGGCGGAGCAGCAGCAGCAGCGGCAGCAAGCCCCGCCCCCCGGGGCAGCGGCAGACGAGCUGGAGGAGGACUCGGCCCUGUGGUGGUCGGCGUGGAACACCUGGUACCGGACGGGGACGAGCAGCACCCGCCCCCCCACCGCCGCCGCCGCCACCGCCACCGCCACCGCUGGGGACGGGCCUGGUCCCGCCUUCAUCCCCAGCCAGCCCUUCCUCACCGCCCUGGUGCAGAUCUUCCCCGCCCUCUACCAGCACAUCAGGGCCGACUUCAGCAUGGAGGAGCUGCGCAAGCUCGGCGUCAUCCUGCAGGGGGCGGUGUCCGUCCCCAUCGGCUCCGACGCCUCGCCCUUCAUCCUCCCCGCCUACACCGAGGCCGUGCUCACCAGCCUCCAGGAGGCUGUGCUCACCGCUCUGGACGUCCUGCAGAAGGCUAUAUGUGUUGGCCCGGAGAGCAUGCAGGUCAUGUACCCGGCCAUCUUUGACCAGCUGCUUCUGUUUGUGGAGUUCUCCUGCAAGCCGCCGCAGUUCGGGAAGCUGGAGGCCAAAUACGUCGCCAACGCCAAGUACAGCCAGAUCCAACUGUUUACACCGGCGGAGUGGGUAGCUUUGAACUAUGUACCGUUUGCAGAGAGGUCCCUGGAGGUGGUGGUGGACCUGUACCAGCACACGGCCUGUCACAAGGCCGUGAUCGGCGAGAGCGUUCUGCGGAACAUCAUCAAGACGCUGAGGAUGCCCCUGGGGCUGAAGUACGCCUGCCCGUCGGAGAGCACCUGGAAGCUGGCCGUCUCCUCCCUGCUCGCGGCGCUGUCCGUGGGGCUGCCCGUCGCCCGGCAGCACGCCGCCUCGGGCAAGUUCGACGCCAUGUGGCCGGAGCUCGCCGGCGCCUUCGAGGACUUCCUGUUCCCCAAAAGCACGCCGCCUGAUAGCCUGUCCAUCGAGGAGUUCCGGAAAAACGAGAGCGUGGACGUGGAGGUGGUGCGGCUCAUCAGCGCCCAGAUCCUGCCCUUCGCCAGCUCCAUCCCCAAAGAGUUCGUGGGGCGCGUCAUGGCGAUGCUCAACAGGGGCUCCAUCCACUCCCAGUCCUCCACCUUCACAGAGGCGGAGCUGGACGUGCGCAUGCGGGAGGAGUUCUCCAAGGCGUGCUUCGAGACGCUGCUGCAGUUCUCCUUCAGCAGCGAGGCGUCCACGCCGCAGGAGGGCUACAUCUCCCGCCUGGCCCUGUCCGUCCUCCUCAGGCGCUCCCAGGACGUCCUGCUCCGCUACGCCGAGGACGAGAGGCUGAGCGGACGCUGCCCGCUCCCCAGGCAACAGGUGACGGAGAUAAUCUUUGUGCUCAAAGCCAUCAGCACCCUGAUGGACUCUCUCAGGAAGACCCAGCCUGAAAACGUGGACGGGAGCACCUGGGCGCAGGUGAUCGACCUCUACCCGACGCUGGUGGAGUGCAUCACCUGCUCCUCCUCCGAGGUCAGCCACGCCCUGAAGGAGGCCCUGGGGCCCUUCAAGGACUUCAUGCAGCCCCCGGCAACCAAAGUUCUCAACGGGGAGUCGUGACCCAAGGCGCACAGCCUUUUCGGGCGGGAACAAAGACGUUACCCUCGGGCCCGCGGGGGGACUCUACUCGAGCGACGAGGACGACCCAAAAGACUGUUACCCGGGCGACUACGAGGGUUGGCGCUGACGGCGGCCGGACGGACCGGUGCCAUUGUGAACUUCUCGUGCGAGUGGGCAAGCCGACCUCACCUGCAGGAAUUUAACAUACCACUUACUACACUAAAAAUGGCAGCGUUCUCAAUUUAACUUUGUUUCUCCUGAAAGGAGGAGUGAAUUUACUGAGUAUGAUGAUGAUGGUGUUAAUGAUGAAGCUAAGAAUAAAGGCUUUGGUUGUUAUUACUCAAAAUAAAGCAACAACAACAAAACAAAACAAGACAAAAAAAAAAAAUGAAGAAAAUACUUUUUCAUCAGGAAGAUUUUUCUUUGCUAGGUCUUACUGAAACACUCCAUUUCAUCAUCAGCCAACCCAAGGAAGGAUGUACUUCUGAAUGUGUGUGUAAAAUAAAUGGUACAAUUCAGUUUUAAAAA